AUGCCACCCGCAAGAAAGAAUGCUCCCACCAGAAACUCAGGCCCGUGGUCAUGCUCACGAAUCCUCAAUUCAUCCUCGCCCUUGGCUUCAAAGGAGAUUCUGCCCUUCCUCGUCACCUGCAUCUCAGGUUGGAACUCAGACUACGACGAAACUCAGAAAAAGGUCAUCAUCGACAGCCUGCCGGAGAAGUACCGAAAGUACCACUCCGACAACUCCGGCCACCUCCUCUGUCCCAUUUCUCCCGAGUUCCUGCUCGAGGACCCAUAUUUCAGAAGCGCUGUGGCCAAAUUCAAGACUAAUCUUGCCGAUGGCUUCUACGAAAAGACUUGGCAGAACCAGGCAGCAAAGGCAAGCCAGGAGAGGGAACAAGGCAAAUUCGCCAACUAUCUGCGAGAGAAGGCAGAAGCGGACUUUGGACUUGGAGACUGCAUCAAAGAAACAUAA